AUGAAUGUGUUAGUUAGUGGAGACUCAUUUACACAAGAAUUAUAUGAUUCUUUAGUAAAAUUAAUUGAGGCACAAAUAAAACUUAAAGAAUUUGGAUUACGUUUUAAAAAUAGAAAUUAUCUAACUCGACCUCACAUAAUAAAUUUGCAAUCACAUGUUAAUUCUUUAAAACAAUUACAAUUAUUUGAAGUCGAUUUUACGGGAUUUUCGUUUAAAAACUUAAAAGUUUUAAAAAAUUUAGAAGUUUUAUCAAUCCAUGUUGGUGUAGGUUCUUUUGAGGAGGAGGAAAGGAAUUAUUAUUGUGAAUCAUCUGAAUUUUUUCCGAAUCUAAAAGAAUUAGAACUUUUUAAUAAUCGUGACGUGAUAGACAAGAAAUUUAUUUAUUUGAAAUUAUCCUCACUAAAAACUUUAAAAUAUUUUAAUAAUCAUGAAAAUGAAUGUAUCGCAAGAUUUGUACCGAUUGUUGGUUAUUACUGUUCAAAUCUGAUUACUUUAUGUUGUUCAAAAUAUAAAUUCGAAAUAACGUCGGAAAUUUUUAAAUUUCAAUAUCUUCAACAACUUCAAUUAGGAGGAGGAACACCUGAAAAAUGUGAUUCAGAAAUUGGGUUUCUUAAUGACAACAAUACAGAUAAAUUAAGCCUCACUUUAAAAUUCAAAAAUGAAUCUCGCACUUCAAUCGAUGUCACUUCAAUCUUUUUGGUAAAGGAGGCGAAUUGGGAAUAUAAUUUGAUUAUAGAACCUAAAAGCUUAAAUUUGACUUCAGUUAAUUCAGUUAAAUUAGCAUAUCUUGAAUUUGAUCUAUUUAACGCCAAUUUCAUUAUUGAUGGUGGUUAUUACUACUUUUAA